UCCUGUAACUCAGAGGCUGCAAGUUGAGAGGACUGAGAGAGGACAAGCUGGCGCUUGUUUAGUAACAUGUAGUCAGUCCAACCGGCAACAGGACUGCUACAAGAGGAGGUGAAAGAUGAGCACAUGCCGCUGGUGCACACCUGGUGGCCCUGAUGCCACUGACUUUCUGCGUCAGUACGCUUCUGGGUCACUUUUGUCAAAUGAAGAAAAAGCUGCCAAUGAAGACCUCUGCUACUGCCUGGAGUGUGUGGUGGAGUAUCACAGAGCCAGAGAAGAGCUACCAUCCCUGCACAAGUGCUUGUGGAAGUUGGAGACUUCCCGACUGCUUGAUCACUUUGGAAAGUCAUUGAAAGAGGAGGUCGGGGAGGAGGAUGAUUUGUUUAUAGUGGAAGAUGACCAAGAGAUCCAAAUCCAUGGAAUCACAGGGCCUGAAUUCGAGAAUAAUCUACGGGUUCCACUGCUGGAGAUAUUGAAGUACCCCUAUGUGUUGGUACACCCCAAAAUCAGCGAGUUAUGUGUUGAGGCUCUUUGUAGGAUGGAAAAGUCCAGUUCCUUCCAGGUCUUUGAUAAACAUUCUGGGAUUUACCUCCUUCUAGUACACCCUGAUGAAACUGUGCGCAAGUGGGCGAUCCGCACUGCCAGGGCCCUGGGUAAGGUGGACCGGGAUGAUUUUUACGACCUUCAGGACGUGUUCUCCUGCAUGUUUAAGGUUAUUGAGCUGGACCUCUUUCUCAACUCCGAUAUAUACAGCUGUAGCGUAAUGGAAGAAGGCAAGCUGAUCCUGCUUCCACCUCACCUCUAUGACUCCACUAACUACAAGGAUUACUGGCUAGGUAUCUGCAUGCUUUUAACAGUAUUGGAUUCUCAGGCUAUGGACUCUUUGCUGCUUGGUCCUGACAAACAGAAUGAUCUCAUGCAUUCAAUUCUCAACACCAUGGAGAAGAGUACACCGGAUGAGGGUUUAGACCCUUUUUGGCCGGCAUUGCAGUGUUUUAUGGUGAUUUUGGAUCGGCUCGGCUCUAAAGUUUGGGGUCAACUGAUUGACCCAACUCAGGCAUUUCAGACAAUUAUUGGAAGCCGCAGUUACAAUCAGGAGAUUGAAAAUAUACGCAGAAACACAACUGGACCCAAAAUCAAGGUUGAACCAGACCAAGAUGAAAACAUGGUGACAUGUAGUCAAAUUGUCUAUGACUGUAAUACCAAGAAACAAAACAAGGACACUGGUAGCAGAAGUGACUUAAGUACUGAACAUUGCUCAAUCAUGUACGAAGAAAUGCAGUCUCUAGUGAAUGUGCUUCAGUCUGAUAUGGGGCAGGAAAUGCGUGUCCACAACAGCACUUUUUUAUGGUUUAUCCCAUUUGUACAGUCUGUGAUGGACCUCAAAGACCUUAGCAUUGUCUAUACUGGAGAAAUCAUUCACCACCUGUGUGCGGAAAUAAAGGAUCUUAUAAACGGGCGGGUGCAACAGUGUGAUAAAGUCACAGAAUUUUUCAUCCUCAUUCUGGUUUUUGUCAUUGAACUCCACCGCAAUAAAAACUGCAUGAACCUAUUGUGGUUCAGUUCACAGAAAUGGGUUGAGGUGUUGGUGAAAUGUGCCACGCUUUCUAGUUGGACUUCCAGUCAUAGCUGUUCAACAAGAGUGUCUUCAACAACUUCCUCAUCCAUGCUUCCUCAAGUUACCAAUGUGGCUCCUCAAGCCUGUAUUCAGUUGAUACGUAGCCUCCUUAGGGAAGGAUGCCAGCUGAAUCCACAGAGCACCUGCAAGCAGUUUUUGGACAAGCUGAACUUGCAGUUACGCAAGGGUGUGAUGCCAGGAUGGGAUCUUAGUCACUUGGCGAUACAAGAUCUACAAGUUUGUCUGAGACAGCUUGUUAAAUUCAUGAGAGAUAAGAAACCGGCUUUGGAGACCGGUACGGGCAUCGGAGGAGAAACUGUUUCUUCACCCAUAACAACUAGUAGACUAUUGGGACCCGAAGAAGGAAAAGAGAGCAGAAGUCGUUUUGAAUGCAAGAGUGGAAUAUCUAGUCCAGCAUUGUCUAUAGGGGAGAAAGAUGGCGAGCCUUUGUGCUUUCAGAGUAACCAUAAAAUGAAAGAGGAAAGGCCUUGGGAUGAUGCAUAUUUUGCUAGGCCUUCUGCUACCAUUGAAGUUCAGGACAGAGAUGAAGACUCCAACAGAGAGGCUAAAAUCACACAAAUGCUGCAAAUAAAAAAAGAAAAGGACUUAUGUACUGAUGUGUGUGGAAUGGGUAGUAAUUCUGAUACCUGCCCUAUGAAAAAGGCCUCGGAUAUAAAGGAUGCGUUAUCAAAGAUGGAACAAAAUAUUUCAAGUAAGUUUAAACCUCACCUGGGUCGGAUGCAGGAUCUGAAAUCCAGACUCUCAAAGGUGUUUAUAAAUCCGUCUCUUAUUAAGAAGAAAAAAAACGAUGGGUCUCCUGGAUCCAAAAAACAAAUGCUCAGUCACAAUAUCUCCAAAGAAAAGCGAAUGAGCUUUUCACUAGAGCCAACUGAAAAAGUGGAUGCUCCAGAAUGUUUAAAAAGCUUUCCAGUGAGAAUAAAGCAAGAAAAGACAGAAACUAAUAAGGAGCUGUCGAUUGUUCAAUGUUUUGACACAGAAAGUUAUAGUGAUAAUGAAGAUGAUGUCCCGCUCACGGUUAUAAAGUCCAAUCUGGAGAAAAAGAGAAUUUUCUCAGAGGAGGUCAACCAAAAUCUCUUGACAGAUUCACAGGUUGAUAAAGAUCUGGAAUUACUCUCUUUAACUGCCCUUUCAAAAAGUUAUAGUUUCCCUGUUGAUUCAAGUCAGGAGUCUUCAGUACGACAGCUGCCAGACAGGAUAGAAAGGAAGGUGAGGAGUAAUGUGAGAAAUAUCUUGAAAGCAGAGAGAGAGGAUGAUCUAAUUAUAUUGGAAAAUCCAGUAAUUACAAUUUCCGAUUCAGACUCUACAAAGGAAGGUAAUGACCUACACGUUGGCAAAAAUAGUGCCACGGCUGACCGAUUUGAAAGAGGAAAGAAAAUCCAAAGACGGCAAAGUGCAAAGCUUGAGCCUUCUGAUGUCAAAAUUGCAGAGAAAGACAACGGAGAAGAUUUGGACAGAGGGAGUUCUCCACCACUUUACAAUGACGAUUCCCAGUUGUUUGAGUUUGAAACUGAAGCAGAAGUGUUUUCUGCCUGGGAUGACUCUCAAAUGGACAAUGCACUGUCAUCUCCAGAAACUGAGCAAGAAAGCUCUACAAAAAAAAAUUCCUCCCCGGAGAAGAGUCCAGAUCUGAGUGAUAUGUACAAUGAUUGGGGGUAUGACACAGAUUAUGUCCCGGAUGACCUGAUAGAAAGAGCAGCAGAGCAUGCUGAAAAACAGCUACAGAGAGAGCAGGAAUCUGUCCGUGUGGAGAACACAAGUGAGGUGAGCACGCCGGUGUUCUAUGGGGUUAAACGCAAGUCUUCAACGGAUAUUUCAUCAGAUGUGGGCAGUAAGAGUGGGACACAACCUGAUAAAAAUGCCAUGCCAUCCACCUCAUCCACUCCAUGCUUAACAUUAGCUAAAAAAUUGGCCAAUAAAAGGGAAUCUUGUGUAAAAGUAACAUCAAACAGAAGUAAUUUUUUUACAUCUCCGAAAGCUGCACAAAAUGAAAGAAAAGCAGCAACUGCAACAUCAAGGUCAUCUGCUGUGUCCUGCAAGACCCCGUCUCGUACUACUUCAGCUCCUGCUAUAGUUCCACCAAAAAAAGUACGUCUGCGAGAAGAGCCCAAGUCUACUGCUGAGAAGCUUGGUCUGAAGAAGAAAGAACGCAAAGCAUUUGAUCUUUCUCAGAGAUCAUUAGACUGCGUGGCUGAGCUGCGGAACUACGGUCAACAUGUGCAGGUUGAGAAGCAGAAGAGGAGAAGGAGGAGCAGGAAAAGUCAGGGCACAAUGCUGAUUUCCCCUCAGAAGCUGGUGGUUAAAGGGAAUAAAAAGCUACUUGCUUCUCAGGACCUUCAGUUUUUCCGACAGAGUAGACCUAAAAAAUCAAAACAGGUCGGAGAGCUUUCAAAACGCAAUACAUCUGAGGAGACUCUGCCACCUAAAAGAGAAGGGGCCGAUGGAGAGGACGAUGUUUUUUUCCCUUUGACUCCGCCUGACCCAGCUAGUGCAGAAAUCCAUGAUCCAGAGGUGCAGUUGGCUGAAAAACCAGGUGCUGCUGCAGGAAGUCAUACAGACUAUCUGUCAAAAACCUUGCACAGAAGUGAUCAUGGCUUUCCACAGAUGGAGUGCCAAAAGUCAGUGGUAUUGGAAAAUAAGGAAGAAAUUAAACUAAAUGUGAAUGAAGAUAUCAAACAUGAUGAUGAUGAUGAUGAUCAGAUGUGUUUGACACAGAUGGAUCAGAUUGACAUGGAGAUAUGCUCACAGUUGGAGUAUGCAAAUGACUAUUUUGCAGGGACCCAAAGAGAUUCAGUGGACAUGGAAAUUGAUGAGCCAGAAAAUGAAAUGCAUGCAGUUGACUCUCCAAGUGUGGAAAGCUUCAGGAGUGGACAAGCAGAUAACAUUGCAGCAGUUUGUUCUGCAGAAGCAGAAAUUCUGAAUUCUGCAUCAUCUAAACCCAAAGAUGAUCACCUGUUCCUUAAGCCAGGAAUGCCCCUGUCCUUAAUAAAAAUUGCAAAACCUUCCACAACUAAAAUAUAUACACCCAGCUCAAGAAGUGCUACCUUGGCACAAGAGCUGGAUAACCCAACAAAAACUCAAAAAGCUGGUUUAAGAAAUAAGGUUUGCCCAAUGUUGCCUCCAAGAAAGCCAAGUGUACCCCCACCUGAAAGUAGGCAGCCUGCUCUUCCAAAGCAGCCUGCCCCUAUCUGUUCAUAUAAACAUCAGAGCAGGGAUGUUAGUCAGGUGAAGCAGGCCCCUGUAGAUGGUAGGCCAAUGUCUUCUGUAGCCCAGCAACCUCCCAAGAACAUUUCAAGCCACAACUAUGACCAGUCUUUCUUGAUCCAGCAAGUCCUGGAAUGGAACCAUGAGAUGUUUGAAAACUUCUGCCUGUUUGGAACCCCAAAUAAUCUGUGUAUGUUUCCCCUGAAAGAGGUCCCAGAGAAAUUCAGUUCCUUUGACGAGUACUUUGCCACGUUUUAUCCGUUGCUGAUGGUGAAUACUUUUGAGGAGUUAGUACAGGAGUGGCAGAAGAAUCUGAAAUCUCAAAAGGGGAUUGAGAAGAUGUUGAACCUGAAUGGCAUUGAAUAUCAGAAUAGAGUCAGCUGUGCAAGUUUUUCAGUGCCCCUACAUAAAUCUGAGGUGGACAGGCAGCAGUACCCCAAGGAAGAUGACUUGGUCUUUCUGUGGCUGCCACAGCAUAACCAUGCCUACACGUCCGAGGAGAGAGAAGUGAUAGAACCAGUCGCACACUUUGGCUGUGUCUCUAGAAGUAAUGUUUCUGCAGCAGGCCAAAAUGACUCCAAAGCAAUUCUCUACAUCACCAUUAAAACUUGUGGGAAUGUUUCUGCUGUACACGACCAGCCAGUAAAGUGCAUGGUGAUUGGAUCUCUGAUCAGCACCUUGCGAGCAUUUAAAGCCCUCUACUCCCUGAGAAACAAUGUGAUGGCCAGAGCAAUCCUUGGACCCCAUGUCUCUUUUUUCAGGCCAGGACAGCAAUAUAAAGUUGCCAAUUUGAGCAUUCUGGAUUACAACGAUGAACAACAGAAGGCCAUAAACUCUGCAAUAGCCAUGGUCAGGCAGCCUCAAAGGAUUCCCAAAAUGUGCCUGAUCCAUGGACCGCCCGGAACAGGCAAAACAAAAACAAUUGUAGGACUUCUUGAGAGCAUCUUCUCCGAGGAUCGGGAGAAUUCAUUCCCGGUGGAGAACAUGCGUUUAAAGGGCAGGAAGCCCAGGGUUCUUCUCUGUGCACCGUCCAACGCUGCAGUGGACCACCUUAUGAAGAAGAUUAUUUUGAAUUUUAAGGAGAAAAGCAGGGACCAUAAGAACCCAUUAGGUAACUGUGGGGAUAUUAAUUUGGUACGCCUCGGAAUGGAGAAGGCUAUUUCAAAAGACCUGCUGGGAUUCAGCCUGGAUAACCAGACUAAAAUCCGAACACAGAGGGGGCAAUUUGUACAAGACAUAAAUAUUUACAGACACAAGGAAGAUUUGGAUCAGCAGCUUGACGAUCUGUCACGCCAGUGUGCCGUGCAUCAGAAACACAGAGAAAAGUUUCAACAACUGACAGAUGAAAAGUACAGAUUGCUUAAAGAGAGAGAGCAACUUGGACGACAGCUGAAAGAGACUCGAAGCAGAAAACAAGAAGUCCAAGCCAGAGUCUUGCAGGAUGCCCAUGUUAUCUGCUGCACACUGAAUACCAGUGGAAGCAUUCUGCUGGAGUCGGCCUUCAGGAGACUGGGGCAUGAUCCAUUCAGUUGUGUCAUAGUGGAUGAGGCAGGGCAGGCCACAGAGAUGGAGACUCUGAUUCCACUAACCUAUCGUUGUCCGGCAUUAGUCCUGGUCGGGGACCCAGAACAGCUGCCGCCCACAGUAGUCUCCCAGAAAGCCAGAGAGAAAAGGUAUGACCAGUCGCUGAUGGCUCGUCUGUGGAAGUGCUUGCACAGAGAAAGCAAAGAGAACCCAGGGGUUCAGACUCCCAUCAAUUUCCUCAGCAUACAGUACAGGAUGCACCCUGAUAUCUGUGAGUUCCCAUCCAAAUACAUCUACAAGAGGGCACUGAAAACCGAUGGCGAUACUGCAGAAAAGAGAUGUGGGACAAGCUGGCCUUUCCAGCCAUACAGGCUGUUCGAUGUUACGGAUGGCUUUGAGACAAAAGCAGCAGAAUCCUUUCACAAUGAUCAGGAGGUGAAGCUAGUGAUGCAGCUGAUUAGACUCAUUGCUGAAAAGCAGAAGGGACGUGUGGGAGUCAUCACCCCCUACAGUGCGCAGAAGCAGAGGAUCAAGGACUGUAUCAACAGAGAAGGCAGUAAACUGUUCCAAUUUGUGGAAGUGGACACUGUGGAUGGUUUUCAGGGUCGUGAAAAAGAUUGCAUUAUUGUGUCUUGUGUCAGAGCCAGCAAUACUCAGGGUUCAAUUGGGUUUCUAGGUAAUCGUCAGCGAUUAAAUGUCACAAUUACGCGAGCAAAGUGUAGCUUGUUCAUUCUGGGGCAUUUGAAGACGCUGAUGGAUCACAAAGACUGGGGUGCUCUGAUUCAGGAUGCUCAUAAAAGAGGUACCAUUAUAAAGACUCGGGAGAAAGACUAUAAAACUGACGCAGUGCAGAUUUUCAAACCAGAGCCUGGGCUGCUACGAAGCUUCUCCUAUCCACCAGUGGAAUCCAGAUUGUUGUCUAAACCUGCAGUAGUGCAGACGCUGGCCACUAGCAGUAAUGACAAGUCUGCUGCCAGUGGCCUGUCGCUGACCUUGCCAGCUGCAAACAAUCCUACACAAGUAACAAGGCGGCAAUCUUCAGACACUCGGUGCUGUUUGUUGGCCCAACCCCUUGUUCCAGCAAAGCCUUCUACUUCAGAAAGGCCCAGAGACCCUCGAUUGGCCGGCCGGGCAAAGGAAGAAGCCUCAAAGGAGACAAACCAGCCUUCAAAUAAGACAAUUGCCAAAGACCCCCAGCCCUCUGUAUCAACAACUAGUCACCCUAGCUCCAGAGAUAGUGGUGCCAAUACCAGUGCCAGCAGCUACACGGCUGGAAACGCUCCCUCUGCAAGGCCCUCUCCCUCUGCUUAUAAAGACCAGGACUACAGAAACCCCUCCUGGAAUGGGGAGGGAAGCAGGUCAGGACCAGGUGACCAUCAGAAAAAGACGCAGAGUAGCAGUGGCCAGCAUAACAGGCUCCCUCAGAAAAGACCAUCCAAUGCAAGUUGGACACAUCCGUUGGAGAAGCGCAAAAAUCGGUGACUUUUUUUUCUUCUUCCUCAAGUCUGUAUUGUGUACAUUGAGGAUGAUCUUCUGCC